CGACUGCCAACUGCAAUGGAGGCGCCGGUGCUGAGGAGCUGGGCUGAGGUUGGCGUGACCUUUGAGGACAUUGCCCUGUACUUCUCCAGGGAGGAAUGGAGCCUCCUUGAUGAGGGUCAGAGACAGCUGUACCUGAAUGUGAUGCUGGAGAACUUUGAACUUAUAUCCUCGCAGGGUUGCUGCUGUGGAACAGAGGAUGUGGAGGAACCCACUGAACAGAAGGUUUCUGUAAGAGUGUCACAGGAAACACUCUGGACUCUCUAGUCCUCAUGUGAUGUUCUGGAUGCUUUGAGACACAGAGAUCACUCCAAAGAGGGGGUAGCUGUGACAGCCUCAAGUAGGUCGUCUUGUAGCAUGAAUUUAUUUCUACUUUUCAAGGGAUGACAAUGCAUUUGAAGGGAAUCACUUGCCCAGGUCUUGCAGAGGGCCAUGUGCCCUAAUGCCUACAAUUUCAUGGGUGUUGGUCACUGGUUUGAGGACCAUCGCAAGUAGGGGAAACCAUUUCACUGCAGAAACACAGACCUAAUGGUUGUUGAACAAGACUACAGCCCAUUAGAUGGAAUGGUCCUCAUCUAAACGUGCAUCCGGGCUUUUUU